CGCCGAGUGAAAAUAACGGGCAAAACAAAUAACGUCAUCCACCACAGAAUCCACACCUCGUAAAGACAACUAAAACAUUCCAGAGACCGUCAGCGACACCGUCUCCGCUGCCUGCCGCCGUCACCCACUCACCUCCGUCACAGCCACCGAACAACUCCUUAACUUCUAAAUGGGUGCUGAAGAACCGGUCGUUGAGGGAGGAAAUGAAGCAAAAGCUGAAGUGAGAGAAGGAAAUGUAAACAAGAAGGAGGAAAAGGAAGAAGAUGAAGCUAAGGAUUUGGAAAAAGGUGAAGUGGGUUUUGAAGAGAGAGCUUUUCAGACCAAUUAUGAUAAUGCCGAAAAUCGCCAUACUCAUGAAGAUUUUCAGCACUCGAUGUACCAUAGAUUGAACCCCACAAAUCCGUUGAGGAUUGUACUUAACAGCAAUACCAGAGUUGCAUCUCCUUCACCUCCUCCUCCUCCUCCUCCUUCUCAUCCUCGUCCUCAUCCUCAUCCGCCUCCUCCUCCUUCUCCUUCUCCUUCUCCUUCUCCCCCUCCUGAAUCUCAGCCUUCUGAGCCUCGCUCUGUACCAAUCCUGCAACCACAACGACCCGUGACAUUGAGUUCGAGAAGAUAUACCAACAGAAUAUCCCUGUUUCUCUUCCUCCUCCACUUUUUCCUGGCUGUUGUUCUGGUUUGCUUUCUUGUUUUCAAGGGAAUCCAAGGGCUAUUCCAGGCAUCGGAUUCUAUCAAAAGGAGAGAGAGAAGGGUUUUGAAGUUCUUUCUGCCACAAGUGGAAGCUGCAUGCCUUAUUAGCAUCACUCUGGCAUUUAUGUGGCAGAAAGCAAUAAGGAAAUGGCCCACUUUCAUGGUUCAUUUCAUACUAUGGUGCACUUUUGUAAUGUCUCUUGCAGCUGGAGUCCUUCUUCUUUGCUUUCAGAGGCCUUCCACUAAUGGUGUUGGAGUUUGUUUGAUCGCUUUUUCAGUGGGAAACGGCUUGUAUGCCUGUUGGGUUAAUAACAGAAUUAAGUUUUGUUGUAAGAUCUUGAGCCUGUCACUUGAGCCAGCAUCAAAAUUCCCAGAUUUGAAUUAUCCCACUUACUGUAUGCUUAGUGCUUCAUUCCUCUGGAUGACUCUGUGGACUGUAGCUGUGAUUGGAGCCUUGAACUUUUAUGUUCCUCCUUUGAUUAUAAUGGCGUUGAUGCUGAGCUUGGCUUGGACUACAGAGGUCAUGAGGAAUGUUGUUAACAUCACUGUUAGUAGGGUCAUUGCUUUGUAUUAUCUUAGAGGGAUGCAAUCAAAUACUAAGUUUUGCUUUCUCAGAGCAUCAACCAGGAAUCUUGGAAGUGCUUGUUUAGGGUCUCUCUUUGUUCCGACAAUUGAAGCUCUAAGAAUAGUCGCCCGGGGUUUAAAUUUGCUCGAAGGAGAGGAUGAGUUCAUGUUCUGUUGUGCUCAUUGUUGUCUGAGAGUGAUGGAGUCCAUUUUCAGAAACGGUAAUAGCUGGGCCUAUGUACAGAUAGCAGCCUAUGGGAAAGGAUUUGUGCAGGCAUCUCAAGACACGUGGGCCCUGUUUCAGAAAGAAAAAAUAGAACAACUCGUGGAUUCUGAUAUAACAAGCUCAAUCUGCUUCCUCACAGGAGUUUGUAGUGGUUCUAUCUGUGUCAUUGUUGUGGCUGCUUGGACUGCCAAAGUUCACCAAAGUUUCACAGCUAGGCUUUCCCUCCUCACUUUCUUCAUUGGAUACCUUUUGACAAGGAUCGCCAUGGCAGUGCCUCAUGCUUGUGUGAGUUGUUACUAUGCAUGCUAUGCAGAGAACCCAGAAAACAGACUGUUUGAUAGAACAAUUAAGGAACGUCUUGAGCUGUUAGAAACUCACAAGGAAGCCUCGGCCACCACGCCACGAGGACGUCGCCGGAAUUUGAGGGCAUAGUCCGAGGAGGAGGCUGCAGGGGGUGCCACCUAGUCAUGAAUCAUCAACUUGGUUGGAGUCACAGGAAUCGUUGAUGGCUUUGAGGAGGCGGUUAUGGUGGGAAUGAGCUUUGAUUAAUUGAAAAAAGAAAAGGGUUGAUCCAUUAAUGGAGUUUUGAGUUGGAAGGAAUGUGAUGAGCAGUGAAAUUCCUCAA